AUGUCUCUGAAGGCCCGUCUCCCCUCCCUUCAGAAGGCCCGUCUCCCCACCCUUCUCCCCCUUCAGAAGGCCCGUCUCCCCACCCUUCUCCCCCUUCAGAAGGCCCGUCUCACCACCCUUCUACCCCUUCAGAAGGCCCGUCUCCCCACCCUUCAGAAGGCCCGUCUCCCCACCCUUCCACUCCUUCAGAAGGCCCGUCUUCCCACCCUUCUCCCCCUUCAGAAGGCCCGUCUCCCCACCCUUCAGAAGGCCCGUCUCCCCACCCUUCCACUCCUUCAGAAGGCCCAUCUCCCCACCCUUCCACUCCUUCAGAAGGCCCGUCUCCCCACCCUUCUCCCCCUUCAGAAGGCCCGUAUCCCCACCCUUCAGAAGGCCCGUCUCCCCACCCUUCUGCCCCUUCAGAAGGCCCGUCUCCCCACCCUUCUACCCCUUCAGAAGGCCCGUCUCCCCACCCUUCAGAAGGCCCGUCUCCCCACCCUUCAGAAGGCCCGUCUCCCCACCCUUCCACUCCUUCAGAAGGCCUGUCUCCCCACCCUUCAGAAGGCCCGUCUCCCCACCCUUCAGAAGGCCCGUCUCCCCACCCUUCCACUCCUUCAGAAGGCCCGUCUCCCCACCCUUCUAGCCCUUCAGAAGGCCCGUCUCCCCACCCUUGAGAAGGCCCGUCUCCCCACCCUUCAGAAGGCCCGUCUCCCCACCCUUCUGCCCCUUCAGAGCAGCCAGUAA